AUGGUUAGUAAGAAAGGUGUGGCUCCAACACACCUUCUCAUUGCGGAUGAUAUUCUUGUUUUCUACAGAGGUAAUCUUCAUAGUUUGCAAAAUUUGAAGAUAAUGCUUAGUGUCUAUGAGAAGGCUUCAGUCCAGUGCGUAAAUUAUGCAAAGAACAAAUUUUAUUACGGUGGUGGCACUUAUUCUCGGAGUAUUGCUAUUGCUAAUAAUUUGGGCAUGGAAAGAGAUUUAUUUCCGGAUAAAUAUCUGAGAAUUCAAUUAAAGCCUGGAAUUGUCCGGCACAUUCAUGUCAGGCAGGUGGUUGAAAAGAUUAUGGACAAGUUGGCUGGUUGGAAGGGUAAACUCUUAUCUUUUCAAGCAAGACUGGUUUUGACCAGAUCGGUGAUUGCUAGUUAUGUUAUUCACUCUAUGGUUGUUUAUAAAUGGCCUUACAAUAUCAUUAAACAGGUUGAGAGGGUCAUUAUGAAUUUUCUUUGGUCGGGUGAUGCGGAAAAGCGUAAGUUCUUUACGGUUUUAUAUGACAACCUCUGUUGUUCAAGACGUGAAGGUGGCCUGGGCCUUAGAAGAUUGAUUGAUGUUAACAAGGCUAUGCUUAUGAAAAUCAGGUGGGUUUAUGAUUUUGUGCAGCAACACACUAGGACAAUUAUAGGUGAUGACGCUAAUACUUCCUUAUUCUUUGAUAAUUGGCUUGGUGAUUUUUCGAUUGCGAAGAGAUUAGGUAUUACUUCCAAAGUCCCUAAUGAUUUUAAGGCUAAGGUUAGUGAUAUCAUUGUUGAUGGUGCUUGGGCUAUUCCUCAAUGCACACGGGAUUUGAUGGUUCGGCUCAAUAUUGAUGUUGGAAACUUUCCUAUUAUUGUUGGGGGCGAUGACUGUAAGAUUUGGGAUUUAAAUAGCAAAGGAGUCUUCUCAGUUAAAUCUGCAAAGGGUACCAUUAGAGAGAAUGCGGAAACUCUGCCGACUGCAACUUUUUUUUUUCGGACAGUUGUGCACCCUGAUGUGUUUUCAAAGUUUUUUUAG